AUGAGUGAUCAGACGAUUAUUAUGACAUUUGAAUUAUUACCAAAUGAGUUGUUAAUCGAAUGCUUUAAAUAUCUCAAUGCGCUAGACAUUUUUUAUUCAUUUGAUCAAUUAAAUCCUCGCUUUAGCGGCCUUAUUCGAACUAUUCUAUUACGACUUAGUUUUCAAAAUGUUCGAAAAAGAAUAUUUGAUCACUUUUGUACAAAAUAUUUAUUGGAUUCAAAAAUCAAAGAUAAAAUUAUUUCAUUAAAAUUAUCAAAUAAAAAUACAUGUGAUCAAAUUGAUACAUUUCUAUCAUUAUUCUCACUUCAUAAAUUUUCCAAUCUUGAAUCAUUAAGAUUGGAUGGAAUUAGACGUACUAAUUUGAAAAAUUUACAAUCAAUGUUACCAUUAAUAUCUAAACUAUAUUCUUUUCAUUUAAUUGAUUCUGACUAUGAUUUAUCAAGUAUUCUACCAUCAGGUACACCUCAAUUAUUAGCAAUGUCCGAACCACCUCAUCAUCUCAAUCAUAAACUUCAAACAUUUCCAAUUGUAAAUUUAACAAUUUCAAUAUAUAAUUUAACUGAAUUAGAUAAAUUAUUUACCUAUAUGCCUAUGUUAAAAUAUCUUAAUAUUCAUAAUAUCUCAAUGAAUAAUAGUAAUAAUACGAUUUCUAAUCGUUGUCGUGCAAUUUAUCUACAAAAAUUAAUUAUUAAUAAUUUUCAAUAUGAAUUUCAACUUUUUAAGAUAUUUGUAGAACAAAUACCAAAUUUAAAAAAUUUAACACUUUUUUCCAAAAAUGAAACCAUGAUUAAUGCAUAUAAUUGGCAAGAUUUAAUUACAGCUUCAUUACCUUAUCUCAAUACUUUCAAAUUUAAAUUUAUCUACUCACGUAUAGAUGAUGAUGAUGAUGAUUAUAAUACUAUUAUUAAUAAGUUUGAACAAUUUCAAAGUAGUUUUUGGCAAGAACAACAUCAUUGGAAUACUGAAUAUGUAUUAGAUAAAGAUUUAGCAUACGUUUAUACAAUACCUUAUAUAUCAAACACAUAUAUAUUAACAUCGUAUACAAAUAGAUAUUGUAAAAAAUCAAUAAAUAAUUUAAAUAUAUUCAACAAUGUAACAAAUUUAACACUGUAUCAAAAAACAAUAAGAGAAAAAUGUGAAUUUUAUUUUUCAAAUGUUGAAUUCUUAACAUUAGAAAAUGAAUCUGAUACUUUAAAAUAUAAUGAUAAUCGUUUUCUAUGUGCAGACAAUGUACAUUUUCUGAAAACAAUUAUUAAUUUAACUAAUUUAAAACAUUUAAAUAUUUCAUCUAAAUGUAAAAUAGAUAUGUUACCAGUAUUACUCGAAAUACUAAAACAAUCACCACGACUAUCAUCAUUAACUAUUGAUCCAUUUACAUUAUCAAUAUUAUUGAAUGAUGAUGAAUUAUAUAAAUAUCUGAAUAAAUUGAUUAAAAAAUUAGAUAUAUACAAAGAACAUGAUGAUACAUUGAAUGUUUUCAGCACUACGAAGUUUUGUCGAGCAUUUUCAAAUCUUGAACAAUUAAAAUGUAAUAUUCAACAUUUGGAUAAUUUGUUAUCUUUGCGAAAUAAUUUAUUACCAAAACUAUCAUUUUUAUUUGUUAUUGCUACAUCACUGAUCGAUGAAAAUUUUAUUGAUCAAUUUAAAAAAGGACUUUUGAAUUUGAAUAUAAAGCAUGAGAUAGAAUAUGAUUAUUUAACUGAUGGGACGUUUAAUGAAGAAAUAGGUAUUUGGAUCGAUUGA